GCAGGCUUUCCUGUCUUAAAUUUAGGGAGCAAGCAUGUUAGUAGUGACAAAGUCAGAGAUAAAGUAAAAGAUAUACAAGAUAUGGAGACUGCUCUUAAAGAAUUAAUGAGCAAAUUGAAGAAUGUAGCAUGUAUUUCCUCUUCCCAAGCCUACCUCUUAGUGAGAGAUCAAAUUGAAAAAUCAAAAUCUGAAGUUAUUGAGUAUCAGGCUUCGUAUGAGAAACUUCAGGCUGAGAAGGAUAUUCUUGUCUUAAAGGAAAGGGAACUCAGUGUUAAAAGUGAUGUCAUUGAUUUCCUUCGAAGAUCUACUGCAAUUGAGAUUCAUUGGUCAGGCUGCUGAGAUACAGAAAUUGCAAACCAUGGUAUAUUGAGAUGAUUUCUUUGGAUCAAUUCUUGACAACAUUUGUAGUUGAGGCCUUUAGAAUGGAAGAAUGUAUUUCACUAAUUUUUUUAUACAUUUCUUGUUUUGUAUUUAGUGAUAAAGGAAUCUGAAUUGGGCAUAAAUUAUGUUGUAAUAUGAUUUCUUAAGCCUAGA